AGAAAGUGACCGACUGAAAUCAUGACGGCGGAUAAAAAUGUUGCUAGAAUUGUUUGCUCAAUAUUUGAGGCAUAUAUUUAGAAACAGUCUGCACCAGCAUUUGUGGGCCGAUCACACAAUAAUCCUAUAGUUCUCGGAGAUCGUCCCUCACUCCCUCCGUAGACGUAUCUAACUAACCCUAAGUUCUCACUCCUUGGAACAGCGGAGGGCUUUCUCUACCUUCUGUAACCGCGGCGGCCUCUCCUCUCUUAGAAUUCACUUUACCUGACUUUCUGUUACACAGUGUUUGAAUCCAUGGCUUUGACCCUACAUUCAUCUGCUACAAACAAGAAUGCAUUCAAAGCACUUAUUGCUGCAGAGUAUACUGGUGUAAAAGUAGAACUGGUGAAAGACUUCCAGAUGGGUGUAUCAAACAAGACUCCUGAGUUUCUUAAGAUGAAUCCCAUUGGGAAGGUUCCUGUGCUUGAAACGCCUGAUGGUACAGUAUUUGAGAGCAAUGCCAUUGCACGCUACGUUGCUAAGUUGAAGCCUGACAAUCACCUCUUUGGAUCUUCAUUGAUUGAUUAUGCACAUGUUGAGCAGUGGAAUGACUUUUCGGCAACUGAGAUCGAUACAAACACAGGUCGAUGGUUGUACCCACGGCUUGGAUUUGGUGUACAUUUGCCACCGGCUGAGGAGAUUGCAGUAGCUGCAUUGAAGAGAGCCCUUGAAGCCUUAAACACCCAUCUUGCAUCUAACACUUACUUAGUUGGGCAUUCUGUCACAUUAGCUGACAUUGUUAUGACCUGCAACCUUAGUGUUGGAUUUAAGCUGAUCAUGACAAAGUCCUUCACUAAGGACUUCCCUCAUGUGGAGAGAUAUUUCUGGACUAUGGUUAAUCAGCCAAACUUUUCUAAAAUAUUGGGUGAGAUUAAACAAGCAGAAUCUGUUCCACCUCCUCCAUCAAAGAAGCCCGCUGCACAGGCUAAGGAGUCUGCAAAACCAAAAGAAGAACCGAAGAAAGAAGAAGCAAAACCAAAGGAAGAAGGGGUGGAAGAGGAGGCACCCAAGCCAAAGCCAAAGAACCCUCUUGAUCUUUUGCCUCCAAGCAAAAUGGUUUUGGAUGACUGGAAGAGGCUCUACUCUAAUACUAAAACAAACUUCCGUGAGGUUGCCAUUAAAGGUUUUUGGGACAUGUAUGAUCCGGAGGGAUACUCUCUUUGGUUCUGUGAUUACAAAUACAAUGAUGAGAAUACAGUCUCUUUUGUAACUUUGAAUAAAGUAGGCGGUUUCCUUCAGAGGAUGGACUUGGCACGGAAGUAUGCUUUUGGUAAGAUGUUGGUGAUUGGUUCGCAGCCCCCAUUCAAAGUCAAGGGGCUGUGGCUCUUUCGAGGCAAAGAAGUUCCCAAGUUUCUUUUGGAUGAAGUGUACGACAUGGAACUUUAUGAGUGGAAGGAGGUUGACAUCAAUGAUGAAGCUCAGAAAGAGCGGGUCAGCCAGAUGAUUGAAGAUCAGGAACCAUUUGAAGGAGAGGCUCUUCUGGAUGCAAAGUGCUUCAAGUGAGUAUUGACCCGCUCCCUAGCUGAGGCUUCCAUAGCUCUCAAGCUAGUAGGGUACUAGGGUUUUGAAUUUGGUAAUGCAGUUUCAUUCCCUUUCCUUUAGAACCGUAUAAUCCCAUAUUUUGAAGUAUCUCCGGAUGUUUCUGUAUGUAAUACACGUGCUUGAUCUUAGGCAUGGACCCGGUUCGGGCCGCCCGGCCCGGGACCGGCCCGGCCCGCCACUGUGCGAGCCCGGAACCGGCCCGGUUCUCGGGUCCGGGUCCGGGUCGGGCCUAGGCCCGGUGGGGUGGCCGGGUCCGGGCUCGGGCCUUGAAUUUGGCGAACCGGCCCGGCCGGGUCGGGCCCGGGCCGAAUUAAUUUUUUUUAAUUUUUUUUUCUUUUUUUGGGGUUAGCCAAGUUGGGCUUGAUGAUUAGGAGGGGUUUGGGGGGGUGUGGGGGUGAGUGGGGGGGUUAGGAAAGCAAAAAAAAAAAAAAAAAAUUAUAACCGAACCGGAGGCCCGGCCCGGCCCGGCCCGGACCCGGUGGCUACCCGGGCCGGUCCCGGGCCUUCCUUCCCAAAAAAAAAGCCCGGCCGGGCCCGGCCCGGAACCGGAACCGGCCCGGCCCGGGUCCAUGACUACUUGAUCUGAACCAAAAUUUUAGAUAGUAUUCAAUCGCAGUACUAUAGAAACUGCUUUUUUCGGUGAUUUUUUUAAUGGAGAUUACAAGUAUCACUUUCGCAGGGUGGUUUACUGAGAGAGCCAUAUAUCAUUUUUUGUUUUGCUUAAACUGAUUAAUGGAGUAAAUGAUAACAGGAUUAGGUUUCCAUUGAAUCGAGAAAUCUAUUUAAAAUAACAAGUCAAUAAAAUAUUUGUAGAACUAAAUACACUUGGCACAGGAUGUGGUUGUUAGAAAUUAUUAUAAACAAAAGUAUUUUAUUAUAAUUUAUAAUCAGUAUAACACAGUAUAAUAAAUUUAGAACUAAUAACGUAUAGAUAAGUUUAUUAGCAAUGCCCACCAGAUAUCUGUUGACCAAAUUCUACCGUUACUGUAGGAGAAAUGGAUCGGAAGUUUGGAACACUGAGCAGUGGUUUUUAAUAGGGCUGGGUCCGAAAAACUGAAAAUCGAAAACCGAAUCAAAUCAUACCGAACUGUAGCCAAAUAAAACCGAAUGUAAAAAACCGAACCGAACCGUAGUUGUUUGGUUCGGUUUUGGUUUUUACCCUUCAAAACCGAACUGAAUCGAACAAACCGAACUAAUUAAAAUAUAAAAUUUAUUUGUCAAUAUUUAAGCAUUAAUCCUAACUAAUCCUAAUAUCAUUUAUAGUCUUUGGUUUUCUUGUGCUAGAAAAAUAAUGUUUGUGUUAUGUUCAGUUUGGUUUAUAAAUUUAUUUACAUAUUCAUUGCCCAUUGCCCGUAAUAAUGUAGCCAC